CCCGUCGAGUCGCGUUUUUUGUUUGCCUGCUCGGACGAACACUCGAGGCAGCAGCUAGUUUCAGUUUGGUGCCCGCGCGAUCAGCAACCGCUACAUCAAGUCACCUGCAGGAUAUAGUACGACUAUAGUCUAUAAAUUACAAUAUACGACCGAUAUAUUGUUUUACAUAGAUUCACAUUAUUAUCCACCCGUUCCCGUAUGACCACCUAACCUAACCGAAACUCUUUUCUUACGACGGUACACAAUACAUUACUCGACAAAUACGAAAUCGUCACUUUCGUCGAUCCCGCCAUUAUGAAGCGAUCCUACACCAUAAUCUUGAUGGCCUCGCUGUCCUUAAUAACAACCGAAGCAGCUCACAUGUUAUACGCGCAAAACUGUGGUAAAGAAGAGUACAACCGAUGUAUCGCUCUGGCCGACCCGCUGGUGAAAGAUCCGCAUUUCAUCUACCCGGGAAAUCUAAAGGACAUCGACAACAUAUGCCGCACUUGGACGCUGUUCGUCGAUUGUACAAAGCGAUACACCGAACACUGUUUCGAGGAGAGCAAACGGAAAGUGUUUAACAAAGCCGUUGAAAACUCUAUCGAACUGGUCCACCAAAUGUGCACGUCGCCUCAAUACCAGACAGAAUAUUUGAAACACGCGUCGUGUUUACGAACCACACUGUUCGACGAUUCCCGUUGUGGGAAACACUAUCGAUCUUUGGCCGGAUUCAUUUCGAACGAGACUAGUGGACCCAGUAUUUGUUGCACUCACCACAGAUUCCGAGAGUGCGUGCUUGACCAAACACGGAGGACAUGCAACCAGGACGAUGAUUCCUUUACACAACAAUUGUUGGACAAAGCUUUUGGAUUUUUCCGCAACCAGUGUAUAGACUACAUACCCAAUCAAGACGAAUGUCCUGGAUACGAAUAUUACAACGCGAUGACCACUAACCGAUGGCAAGACGAUAAGGGUAAAGGAUCGCCGAGUCCCAACCCAUGGCCGUCGACGAAACGACAGGACGAUUGGAGACCAGAGCAGAACACCGGAGGCUGGUCAGGCGGACCAUCAACGGCGGCCGCGGGCAGCGAAAGAACAAGCCGUGGCCACACCGUCCAAGCAGCGUCGUUCAGCACGCCGACGUGGCAGGUGUCGGCCGCGAGUGUCGGCGGUAUUGGCGGAGGCGGUGGCGGAGGCGUCUCUCCGUCUGCUCAGCCACCGACCAAGAAACCGGACACCACCAGUUACAUGAGCAACGUGAUCGACGAGCCCAACCAACAGGGCCUGGCCCAGACCGGGGCCGGACCGGCGCCAAACGCACCCAGCGCCGCGACCGUUGCCGCCGCCCUGUCGCUAUUGGCGCUCACGAAAAUCGCCACAUAAUAUCGGAACAAAUAUUAUAACUAUUUAUACCUACAAUAUUAUAAAAUAUUACACUCGUU